CAACUAUAAUGAAUGUUUCAUUUAGUGCCACCAUUGCUGUAACCACAGAAACAAAAGAGCUAAAGGAUGGUUAUGAUUUACCUGUAUAUGGACUAGAUAAUGGUACUUUUUACAGCAUCCAUGUACCAGCACUGAUUUGUAUAUGCUUAAGCUUGAUAUGCGUUAUAUCCGUUAUAAGCUAUUCAUUUUAUCAUCAGCACAUAUCAACAUUCUUUCAUUGGACAAUAUGCGAAAGAUUUGCUGUUUAUAUGGCAAUAUGUGAUGGUCUUUUUAAUAUUUCACAUUUUUCUGACCAUUUGCAUAUAGUUCUUACAAAGGAACUACCAACACCAAAAUAUCUUUGUGCAUUCUAUGGAUUUUUGCUGGCAGAAUUUGUCACAGCUCAGAAUUUAUUAGUCAGCAUCGUUGCAAUUAAUGUUUUUGUUUUAGUCUAUUUUCGGAAGAAACUUGACUUUGGAUGCAGGGAUUAUCGUCUUCUUGUAUUCAUUUUUGGGGCUCCUGCAUUAGGACUAACAGUAGCAGCUGGAUUAGGACAGCUAGGUCCUAAUGGAAGCUUUUGUUUCUUCGAUGGUGUCAAUGGACAUGUAGCCAACUUUAUAUUUACAACCAUUUUUCUUUCCGUCAUAACAAUGACCAAUAUAAUUCUUUACGUCAUUAGCUGGUUUCGUAUCUAUAAAGAAGUAAAGGCCAUCAAAAACCCACAUAAAAGUUUGGAAGCAUCGCACAGAGCUGCGAAAACCAUGUCUCUAUUCGUUACCGCUUUCCUAGUACAGUGGUGGGCCAUGGCAACGUAUGGUAUUUGGCAGUGGGAAACGGAUGUUCCACAAAUUUUGUUUCAUUUCGUGACAACGUUCUCAAAUUUAGGAGGUGUACUCAAUGGCAUAGUAUUUAUCAUUAUUGUUCGUAGGAAACAUGACGGAAUGGAUUCAUCAAGUAAAACACACGAUAUCAAAGAAUCGACUACCGACAAACAGUCAACAUGCACAGAAAUCUAAAGAAUCAAGUUUAAACCUAACUAAUCUUUCACCGCUUUUAGUUAU